GCCCUGACGCCUUUUGGCCCCAGCGACUCGCCGUUGCCCAGGCUGAGGCGUUCGCUGGUUGAGGUGAUGGCGACUGGGACACCAGAUUCGCAAGCGCGAUUCGGUCAGUCUGUGAAGGGGCUCCUCAUAGAGAAGGUGAACACCUGUGGUACGGACGUCAUCGCGCUCACCAAGCAGGUGUUGAAAGGCUCCCGGAGCUCCGAGCUGCUAGGUCAGGCAGCUCGAAACAUGGUCCUGCAGGAAGAUGCCAUCUUGCACUCAGAAGAUAGUUUAAGGAAAAUGGCAAUAAUAACAACACACCUGCAAUACCAGCAAGAAGCUAUUCAGAAGAAGUAAGUAACCCCAAAGUGUUGAGCAGUCUUCUGAUCUACAGGACCAGUUGAAUCAUCUGUUGAAAUAGAGCAGCUUGUAAGAGGGAAAAGUACUUCUUUGCCUGACACUGAGAAGGAAGUAUUUUACUCAACUGCUGUCCUAUGGGUUGGAUUUUCCAUUUUCUUUUCCAAAAGUUAAGUUAGAAAAGAUUUGUGAUGGUGUACAGUUUCUCCUGAAGAGAAGCUAGGUGGUUGAAUUUUGUAAGUACUUCUUGAAGCCGACUAACCCAUGCUCUUACAGAAUUUUUUAAUUGCUCUGUUUAGUUUGAUGUUAAAGCAAAAUUAAAGAGGUCUUAGUUUUUCCCAUAGACCUUUUAUAUGUCAAAAGCUAUAUCAUCUAAAUGUGAUUCUUAAGCAAAUGCUGAAUAAUGUUUUAAAUUCAGAAAUAUGGCUUCUAUUGUGAAAACAGGAAUAAUACUCUUUUUAAGGACUUUUUUUCUUUUAAUCAUUCAUUUAGGAGAUUUCAUGGUCACAGAACAGUGAUAGGUAAUAUCUGUUCUUUUCUAUUAACUCAGAGGAGAUAUUUAUUUUAUUCAUCGUAGCAAAUUCCUAAAUGAAAAUUAGGCAAAUGGUAUCCUAUCUGGCCAGCUGCAACCUCCUGCCUUGACCCGCAUUCCUAGUUCCUUUGUUGUGACUCUUGAUUAGUUGGCCUUGGAUUCAUUUUGUAAUUUUGCUAGUCAUCAGCAGAUUCACUUGUAGAACAUUAUUGCCAAAUGCAAAGGCAUUUGGAUUACCGGGACUGAUAGCAGCGUAUGGUUGUGCCGUGGUGAAAACUUUAUGUUGUCAAUUGUUUGCCUAUGUUCAUUUAGUUCAUCUAGCUAAAAGGCAUUACCUUUGAA